UUUUCCUUGGACGCAUGGCGGAUUCUGAUGUAGCUGUUACUUCAGAUCACUCAGAAAAUGGUACCAACGUGAAAGAUGAUGAUAAGAAGGCAAAGCAUGACAAUAAUUUUGUUAAAACAGGUAAGAGAGUAUUUGGUCCAGUCAAGGCAGAAGCUUUACCAAGAACGUGCUUUGAUAAUUGCUUCCCCGGUUUGGCGUAA